AAUUGCAUGUGUGCAACUUCCUCAUUAGCUGUUUUAGAGCUUGAGAGUGCGCGUCUGAAAUCUAAAGCGAAACGGUAAAAUCCAAACAAAAAAAAAAAUCUGUUUUCUGUAGUAACGUGCUAGACCUUUGCUGGGGGAGGGGACUCACCAAGUGGGUCAGUUAUUGCUAAAACAGCCAAAAUGCUCCGACAGUCCCUGAGCAUUUUUAAGCAGCUUGGAUCUUCUGCAAAGUCACAUGAUGUCAGCGAGCUUCUACAUGAAGACCUGGUUGUGGUGGAGCAGCGGGUGGAACCAGCCAAGAGAGCAGCACAUAUGCUCCACAAGAAGCUGCUGGGCUGCAUGCAGAGUCAGACAGGACUGGAUGCUGAAAAACGGAUGAAGAAGCUUCCUCUGAUGCUGCUGUCAAUCAGCAUGGCGGAAAGCUUCAAAGACUUUGAUGCAGAGUCUCCCAUCAGGAGGGUGCUGGAGAUGUGUUGCUUUAUGGAGAAGAAGUUAGCCACCCUGCUCGCAGACUAUGAGAUGAACAUGGAGAAGCAAGUGUUGGAACCGUUGAAUAAACUUAGUGAGGAUGAACUACCAGAGAUCCUCAAAAACAAGAAGCACUUUGCAAAGCUCAACACAGAUUGGAAUAAUGCACGACUCAGGAGCCAGGGUAGCACCGGUCCACAGGCAAAGCAGGAUGGACUCAAGGAGGAAGAAGAAGAAGCUUGGAGGAAGUUGGAGACCAUCAAGAAUCAGUAUUCAGCAGAUCUGUAUCACUUUGCAACCAAAGAAGAGGACUACGCCAGCUACUUCAUUCGCCUUUUGGAGCUGCAAGCGGAAUACCACAAACAUUCACACGAAUUCCUGGAUAGAAAUAUAUGCGAACUCAAAGAGAAUCACAGCCACAAAGAGCCACCAGGGAACCUCUAUCGACAAAAGGUUUUUGGGGAGUCUCUAGCCUCUCAUCUGCAUGAAAGCAACAGGGAGAUCGCUGCCCCCAUCCAAGAGUGUAUUCACAUGCUUCUCAGAACAGGAAUGCGCGAAGAGGGUUUAUUUCGGCUAGCGGCUGCUGCCUCUGUGGUGAAGAGGCUGAAGACGUGUAUGGAUCAUGGGGUGGUCGACCAGAGCGAGUUCAGAAUGGAUCCCCACGCUGUGGCUGGAGCACUGAAGUGUUACCUGCGAGAACUUCCUGAACCUCUAAUGACCUUUGAACUCUACGACGACUGGUUUAAAGCAGCAGGUGAAAAAGAUGUCAGUGAGAAGCUGGAGAAGUUCCGAGCGCUGCUGAAGAAACUGCCGGCAGAAAACUACAACAACCUCAGUUAUCUAGUCCAGUUCUUGUCCCGGCUGUCCGAGCAGCAGUCUGCCAACAAGAUGACGCCCAGUAACAUCGCCAUCGUCCUGGGGCCCAACCUGCUGCGACCGCUAGCAGAGGGGGAAAUUCCCCAGCUGGACAUGGCGUCCGCCUCCUCUGUCCAGGUGGUGACGGUUAUCGAGCCUCUUAUUCAAUACAGCGCCACGCUCUUCCCUGAAGAGGUGUCCUUUGAGGUCCCAGAGCUUCCAGAAGCCCAAGAUGAUCCUCUAGUCCAGUCCUCCAUCUCCAAACCCACGCCGCUGAGCAGAACAGUGUCCUGUGCCUCCACAGCCUCCACAGCUUCCUCAUCCUCCUACCAUCACCCUCUCUCCAAGACCAACAGUAUGUCCUCUCAAGAGGGCGUCUCCUCUGUGAAAGCCGGUUCUGCUAGGCGCUUGGCGUGGAGCGGGCCCGCGUCCGAGGCAGCAACCGCCCAAAUAGAAACACCCGCCCUGCCGUCAAACCAGAACCCGACGCUGCAUCCUAGAACUGUGAGAUCCAGCCAAGGACCGAGCAGGGACCAAGCCCAAAAACAAUUGAGCCAGUUGGAGAAUAUUUCAGAGGCCCCGCCAUGCUCUGCCAAAGCAGUUGUGGGGAUCACACCAAACAAACCAAAGAGAAACGUCAGUAUGAGAAAAGCCAACAAAGCUAACGAGCCGAUGACGGUUUUCGACAGCAAACCCAAAGCCCCGGAGCCGCCAAAGCCACGGGCCCCUGUGGCACCCCCGGGUAUUAUGCCCCCAGCUCAACCUACUGGCCUCAAAAAGAUGCCGUUUAAAAAGCCCGCCGUUAAAGCCCCAAACUGCCCUCCGCCACGCCCCCCUGCAUUGCAGUCCACAGAAGCACAGUAAGAUGAGAUUUUGACACACGACUUAAAUGUGUACAUCGCUCCCUGAGCUGUUUGGUGUGGAAGAACUGUAUCCAAACACCUUUAGGAGGAACGUGACCUUCUCCCUGCCCUCGCAAAUGUUCUGCAUGAAUGGACAAGGACAGUGUUCCAUUUCAAAAUGGUCAGGUGUCCCAAUACUUUUGUCCAAAUAGGGCCCCGUUGUAAUAAAAUCCAAAUAAGUUCUAAAUGGCGUGUACUAUUAGUGAGCGUGUCUAGGAUUGUGGUGCAAACCUGGCCGAUAUAAAUGCGUAUACCGGCUGUCACCAUGGAGACACUCAUUUACUGCACACCCAUUGCAUCAUAUGCUUCAAUCUGUAGUGUUUUGUUAUGUUGUGAAACAUGCAGCACACAAAUAUAAUGUGUACCUUCUUUU